AUGCUUAACUUGCCUGAUGAUCAUGCACCAGAGGAGUUACAUGUAGAUGUGGAUGUCUUUGAGAAGAUGAAGAAACUUAAACUGCUGAAACUCAGUGGUAUACGAUCUUGUGGACAACUUACAUAUCUUUCAAAUGAAUUAUGUUAUCUCAAUUGGGAUGAUUACCCUGCAAAGUUUUUGCAAUCCAAUUUCCAUCCAGAAAAUCUUGUGGAACUUCGCCUUUGUCACAAUCAAAUCAAAGAAAUACCAUCAAGUAUCAAGUUUCUAGAGAAGUUAAAAUACCUUAAUCUCAGUCACUCCUUAUAUUUGUAUAAAACUCCUGACUUGUCUAGUCUCCCAUAUCUCGAGAAAUUAAAUCUUGAAGGAUGUAAAAAUCUAAUUGAGGUCCACGAGUCGAUUGGAGUUCACGAGAGGCUUGUUAAUUUGGAUCUUAGGGACUAUUUGCCUUCAUCAAUUGAGAUUCUUGAAGGGCUUCAGCAUUUAAGGGUAGGUAAUUGCCGAAAGCUUAAAAGGGUUCCAAGCAAUAUUUUUUCUAGAAUGAAGGAUUUAAAAAUCCUUCACAUGGGAGGAACCGCUAUAGAGCAGUUACCAUCGUCCAUUGUGCAGUUGUAUAACCUUACUUACCUUUAUCUACCUGAUUUUCAAAAAGUGUCUCCCAAAACACCAAAUUCAUUGGUGCCAUUUUCAUUGGUGCGAAAGAGAACUCCUCCUGCUUCAACUAAUUAUUUGCAACUGGAACUGCUCUCCACUUUGAGCACUUUAAGUGAAUUAAAUUUGAGGAACUGCAAUUUAUCAGAAGAAUCCUUUCCCAUGAAUAUUGGCUGUCUACCUGGUUUGCAAUCAUUAGAUUUAAGUGAAAGCAAUUUGUCUAGCAUACCAACAAGGCUCAUUCAACUCAAAAGUCUCAGACGCCUUGAUUUGGAAAAUUGCACAAGCCUCCGAACGUUGACUUCACUUCCGUCAUCUAUUGAAUUUGUGAAUGCACAUGGCUGCAAAUCAUUGGAACGGUAUUGGAUUCCACCAAGUGGAAUUGGUCCAAACAAUCGCGAAGUGAUAUCCAGUGAGUGCCAAAAAUUGGUUAUGGAUGAGAUGGAUAACAUGCCAAAUAUAUCAUCACAAACUCAGCUUCAGGGAAUUCAAUGGAUCAGUUUUCCGGGAAGUGAGAUUCUGCAAUGGUUUAGGCAUAAGAGUGAGGUUGAGGGGUCUUCUUUCUCUUUCGUGGUAGAUCAUCAUCGUAACGUCAAAGGAAUUGCAAUAUGUGCUGUUUUGGAAUUUGUUAGAAUUUACUCAACGAUUGUAUUUGAUCUCAAAAUCAACGGUUAUUACGUGAGGUGGUCGGAGAAAUAUAGUCAUUUGUAUGGGAGAUGUAAAGGCAAUCACGUUAUUUUGACGAAGGUAACUGAAUAUUCCGAUGAGUUGUCUACACAAAAACAACCAAUUAAAAAUUUGAUGAAGAAGAGACCAAAGUUCAGCCCAGGCCCUCCCAAUAUUUGUGAUGAUGACAGCUGUUACAUUCAGGCUUCAGUUUUCUCAUUUGACUACAUAAGUGGCAGAUCAUCAUCAGAACUUGUUACAGAAGUUGUUAUACAAGAAAAAGUGAAGAAAAUGGGUAUCCAUCUAAUUAUGGAGGAGCAAGGUGAAGAAAUCCUAGAAGACAUUUGUAUGUUUGUGGAGCACCAUCCUAGCAUUAAGAGGCAAAGAAAUGAUCAUUUGGAUAUUUUGAUUCUCAUUUUUGUAUACAAGAAGCUCUGCAUGUCUGUUGUAAUAACAAUUUCAAUUGUGAUGGAAAAUGUUUUGUUGGCUAACACAGAAAUUCUAGAAGACAGUUGUAUGUUUGUGGAGCAAGAGGCAAAGAAAGGAUCAUUUGGAUACUUUUGA